AUGGAGGAAUGUCCUGAUAUGAUCAGCGGCUUACCAUCCGAAAUCAAGCUACUCAUUGUUUCAUUUGUCCCUUUGAAAGAAGCAGUAAGAACUAGCAUUCUUUCAACUAAAUGGAGGAGCAUAUGGGCACCAUUACAAGUAAUUUUGCAGUUGGAUUCAGCUCAGGUGACAAGUCAUGAAGCUAGUGAGAAGAUAAAGGAAGCCAUGGGUGUGUUAUUAAGGUCUCAUGAUACUCCUCAACCAUUGAAACUCCAUAUCAGCUCUUCCAAGAUGGAUAUAGAGUCUUCAGAAGUUAUGGAUGAAGUUUUUAUUAUGGUUGUUAAGAGAGUCGAUAAGGAGCUCCACCUUGACUUCUCUAAAGGAAAGCAAACGAUGCGCGAUUUCAAUUUGGCACUUGAUUCAAGUUGUUUGAAUUCUGGUGAAAAUAUUCAUUCUAUGCAGAGAACUGACUUUUCUUCUCUCAAGUCUCUCCACCUUAGAUCAAUCGCCCACCUCGCAGAGAACUUUGUGUCAACCUUGUUCUCUAGUUGUCGGUUUCUUGAGAGUUUAACCCUUGAAAAAUGCAGUGGACUACAAGAUAUCCGUAUCAAAGCAAGUGACUGUCUCCGAAGCUUUGUGAUGGUGGAUUGUACAAACGUAAUUAGUAUAUCACUUUCUGCAUCCAACCUUAAAUCCUUUUGGUACAGAGGAGUUCUUUCAAACUUUCAGCUGAAGAACACUCCACACUUGGUUGAUAUGAUACUCAAUUUGAAAGAUGGUUCGGGCCAAAACGAGUUUGAUGUUGAGGAUGCCCUCUCUUUUCUAGACUGUGUCAAGGACAUUGAAAUUCUUACUAUAAGCGGCUGGCUUCUUGAGUGGUUGUGUACAGCAGGGGUGAUCUUUGGACUGCUGGAAUUCCAGUUCAACAAGUUGAAGGAAUUAUGUUGUAUAUGCACUGUGAUGGAUAGAGGAAUGCGUGAUUCGCUUGCUUGCUUCUUAAACGCGACACCUUUCUUGGAGAAGUUGUUUGUCAAUAUCGACGAAAACUGUAGUAGUCCAAUGCCAUGCCCCUAUUUUCAGCAAUACUGGCAUGAGCCUCACUUAUGUAUGAACUAUGCAACUGUGAAAUGCAAUGCUUCUCAACUCAAACAUCUAAGUACUUUUAAGAUGGCUGGUUUUACAAGUGAAGAGGAUCAAUUACUUUUAAUGGAUCUUUUGCUUCAUAAGGCACUUUUGCUCGAGACAGUGACUGUUACAUCACCGGAGAAUCGUUCAUGGUCUGUUGCAAAAAUUCCUCAAUGUCAUCUAAACCGGUUUCAAAGGUUCCAGCCUGAAAGUAUGGUGGCAUCCCUUCCAAACAAGGAUUACUCUUUUGUAUUAACAGAAGAGAAAAACAGUGACAAAAGCCCAAAAAGUGGCUACUCUUUACUGUUCUAG